UAGAGGUAGGGACACAGUGUCUACAAUGGGUUCAGAGACCCCAGCUCCGCCUGCUGCUGCUGCGGAUCCAACUUCACUGGCAGAAGACACAGCUGGUGAACCUGAGGAGAAAGUGCAUGAACCCCCUCUUACUAAAAUUGAAAUUCUCACAGUUUACCACACGGAGCUGCAGGUAGCACUAAACCAGGUCCCUGAAAAGUACAUGGAGUCUGGUGUCUUAUUUUUUCUCAGAAAUACAAAGGAAACGAUUAAUGAGCCCAAUGACAUGAAAGAAGCCAACGAGGUCAUGCCAAGACUGCUGGAGUUUGGUAUGCUGAAUGGACACUUACUGUUGAUGCUGAAAGAUGUAUUAUCACAUGUGUUCCUCUCACUUCUGUCCCUGAACCAACAAAAAAACGAGGACACCCACCAUCAGCAGAUGCUGUCUGAAAAGACUGAUCUAGAGGACGAAAACGUGGUUUUCCAAGAACCAGUGGAAGAGCAGGAAAAACCUGUGGAGUCACGAAGUUGCCAACUAAUCCGGGACGAACUGCUGACAAACGUGCAGAAGUUUCUCAGUCACAUUGAAAGGACAGUUCAUCAACUUGAAGGUGAGAUUAAGUUAGAGAUUCCUACUAUUAAUUUGGAUGCAGAUGUAAGUCAACUAGCUGCAAACCAAGCUGUAGUUGAAAAGCUGGAGCAGUGUGUAAUGAACUGGCAAACACAAAUAACGUCUGUUAUCGAGGAGCAACAGAAGAAGAAGCCACAGGGUAAUGGUCCUAUGUCAGAGAUCGAUUUUUGGCGUGAAAGAACUGCAACUCUGAGUGCCCUUAGUGAACAGCUGAAGCUGCCGGUGGUGAAGAGGAUCUUAGAAGUUAUGAGCAGGGCCGACCCGAUUACUGUGCAGAACCUGGACCUUGCUGUGACUGAGCUCAGCAAAUACCAUGUAGAGACUGUGGAGAAUGUCCGAUUUCUUGGCACACUGGAGCGCCAUUUUAAGAACUUAGCGACUGGCUCGGGAUUGAACAUCAUUCUUGACACCAUCCCUUUAAUGAUGAAUGGACUGAGGAUGGUCUGGAUCAUCUCUGGUCACUACAACAAGGAUGAGCGCAUGGUUCCACUCAUGGAGCGGAUUGCAUGGGAGCUGUGCGAGAGAGUCUCCAGGGUGGUCAACGUCCAAACAUUAUUCAGAGAAAAGAGAGAUGUUGCAAAGGCCAGAACUGCAGAUGGUAAACGCAUCCUGGACCAGUGGAAAGCAUCUUACUUUGAGAUCAGAGCAAAGAUUGAAACAGCAGGCAGAGAUCCUCGCUGGGAAUUUGAUAGGAAAAGGCUGUUUGAGCAGACAGAUUACAUGGCUUCAAUCUGCCAGGAUCUUUACAAUAUCAUCCAGAGAAUUUGACUAAAAUUUCUAACCAAUUUACUCAACCCAGAACUGAAAGCUGUCACAGGGGACCCAAAGCGAAUCGAUGUAGUGCGCUGGGGUUAGCUAAUGUCUACUUACUGUGCCUACCCGAUUGUCAGAAACACCUUUGACCCUUCAACAUCGGACACGUCAAGGGAAAGUUGUAAGAUUUGGCGGAAAGUUGCUAUUGAAGACUUUAAAAGUGAAGUCCUUAUUGACAUUAUUAAUGGUUUGUUUGUUAACAAUCUUAAUAAUCCACCCCUCAACAAGAAUCAGCCCCCAGUUGCUGGAGCGAUAUAUUGGGAGCGUUCUCUUUUUAAUCGCAUCAAACACACAAUCGUUCGCUUUUUAGAAGUAGAGGAUAUACUGACUAGUGACCAAGGAAAGGCAGUAAAGGCGAAGUACUUGGAGGUGGGGAGGCAAAUGAAGGAUUACGAGGAGAGGAAAUACGAGCGCUGGAAAGAGCAGACCGAACAGUCUCUGCACGGUCUGCUGAAGAGAAGCCUACUAACCAAGCUUCGCCCAAUCAGUUCUGGAGAACCAGAACUUUCUGAACCAGUUUCAGACCAGGAGGGAGAUCAGAAGAACGUCCGGUACGUGGUCAACUUCGCUUCCGAGCUUCAGGAGAUAAUUGCAGAAACAAAAUACCUGGAGCAGCUGGGCUUUCCGGUGCCAGAACUCGCCAGAAAUGUCGCUCUGCAAGAAGACAAGUUCCUCAGAUACGUGGAUGGACUCAAACACAUGCUGACCCAUCAUGACACACUCAUGGGCAUUUUGACUGAAGCAGAGACCCAACUGCUUGGUGAACACAUCCAGGAGCUUUGGAGAGUGCUUAGAUCUGGAUACACAAGGCUAAACUGGAACUCGUUAGGUAUUUCAGAUUACAUCAGUCGCAGUUCCCAAGCCAUUUCGAAGUUUGGCUCGCUUGUGAACCAAAUUCAGAAGAACGCGCAAGAUAUUGAGGCUAAGUUGGUAUCAAUCGAGUCUUCAAACCUCUUUAAAUUCCCAGUUUAUGAAAAUGAAACUGUCCCAGGAGUCAAGGAUUUUUAUGAACACAUCGAACGGGAGAGAGUGAAGGAGGUGUCCUUUUUGUGUCAGAAGUACACUGCCAUUGGCCCCCUGCUGACCAAGAUGGAAGGUCUGGUGGUGCACACAAACAGCGGGAGAGCUCCAAAGAUGGCACAGUAUUAUGUUUUCUGGGAGCGCAAAGUAUACAAUGCCCUUACCAGGAUGGUCUUGAAGAAUCUUCAGUUCUUUAGUGCCGCUGUUGUCGGAGGUGUGCCUCUGUUUCAGGCAGAAACUUCUCUGUCUGCUCCUGAGAUCAUCCUAAUUCCUAACGCCAAUGAGAUCUAUAAACUCACUAUGCAGUCUGUCAGAGACUGUUUGGAAAGCACCAAGCACUUUGUUCGAUGGAUGCACGGGACCUGCAGUGAAUGCCCCCCUCAGAUUGCAGAAGGAGAAGAUGAGCCUGUGAUAUUCAGCUUCUUCACUGACAUAUCACAGAACCCCCAGAUCAUUGAACAGGCUGUCACCAUCUCCCAAAGUAUUCACAAACUGCUGUCGUCUGUAGCCAAGUACCUGAAUCGAUGGAAGAGAUACAGGCCUCUGUGGAAACUCGACAAGGCCAUUGUUAUGGAAAAGUUUGCAGCAAAGAAACCCUCCUGUGUGGCCUAUGAUGAAAAGCUACAGUUCUAUGCCAGGAUCACGCAAGAAGUUGCACAGCAGGCCUUAGUCAAGGUUGAGCAGUGUCUCCAGCUAAACCUGGAGUCCUUGGCUCGGACAGUGGAAGAAAAUGCCAAAGGAUGGGUGAAAUCUCUGGGAAAACUGCUGAAUGAAUCUGCCAAAGAAGAACUGUAUAACCUUAAGGAUGAACUGCUGCAAUUAUCAGAAAACCUCAAGAGAAGCCCCGAGACCCUUGAAGAUUUGAAGUUUGUGCUGGGGACAAUCGCUGAUAUCAGAGACAUGUCUUUAACUGUGGAGAUGAGAGUCACAGAUAUUCAAGAAAGAUACAGGACGCUUGCAAUGUACAAUGUUCAUGCAGAAGAAGAAGAAAAAGAGCUGUCUGUGAGUAUCCAACAGAUAUGGGAAGAUCUUUUGUUGGAGUCGAGGAAGGUUGACCAUGGCCUCGGUAGAGUAAAAAAGACAUUUACUCAGAUCACGAAACAACAAAUCGAUGACUACAAGAAGGAGCUGUCUGUAUUUGCAGAAAGCUUUCGCAACGAAGGCCCGGGUGCUGUAGGAAAUGACCUUGAAAAAGGCAUGGAGAUCCUUGCAGUGUAUGAAAGGGAACUGUCUAAUAAAGAGAAAGAUCGUCAGGAUCUGGCUAACGCAGAGAAACUCUUUGGCCUGCCAAUCACAAUGUAUGCAGACCUGAUGCAGGUUCAGAAAGAGAUGAGGGGCUUGAGACAAGUCUAUGACAUUUACAAAGCUCAAAAAGCGGCGAAGGAGGAGUGGUCUCAGACAUUGUGGGUAAAUCUAAAUGUCCAGUUGCUUCAAGAAGGCAUCGAUGGUUUCAUUAAAGGUCUUAGAAAACUACCCAAAGAGGUUCGCAGCCUGCCAGUGGGCUUCUUCCUGGAGUCCAAGAUGAAAGAGUUUAAAGAUUCAAUUCCGCUGCUUCUGGACUUGAAAAAUGACGCUUUAAGAGAAAGGCACUGGAAGGACCUGAUGACAAGAACAGGCACAAAAUUUGACAUGAACCCUGACACCUUCACCUUAGAAAACAUGUUUGCCAUGGAGCUGCACAAGUAUGCGGAUGUCAUCAGUGAAACUGUUACGUCUGCUGUAAAAGAGCUCAGUAUUGAGAAGGGUGUGAAGGAGGUGGUGGAAACCUGGGAGAAUAUGAAGUUCACCAUUCUGAGGUACUACAAGGGAACCCAGGAGAGAGGCUACAUCUUGGGAGCGGUGGACGAUAUCCUUCAGGCCCUCGAUGACAAUGCAAUGAACCUGCAGAGCAUGUCAGGAAGCAGAUUCGUCGGCCCUUUCCUAUCCACAGUCCAGGAGUGGGAGAAAAGCCUGUCCUUAAUAAGUGAAGUCAUUGCGGUAUGGAUGGUAGUGCAACGGAAAUGGAUGUAUUUGGAAAGCAUCUUCAUAGGAGGAGACAUCAGAUCACAACUUCCCGAGGAAGCAAAAAAGUUUGAUAACAUUGACAAAAUAUUUAAAAAGAUUAUGACCGACUCUGUGAAAGACCCUGUGAUAAAGAAGUGUUGCCAGGCCCCGAACCGCCUCUCGGACCUGGAGAACCUGAGCGAAGGUCUGGAGAGGUGUCAGAAGAGUCUCAAUGACUACUUGGACUCCAAACGAAACGCUUUCCCCAGAUUCUUCUUCAUCUCCGACGAUGAGCUUCUGAGCAUUCUGGGCAGCAGCGACCCCUCUUGUGUUCAAGAACACAUGAUAAAGAUGUACGACAACAUUGCUUCUCUGAAAUUCCAAGAGGGCAACAACGGUGAAACGUUGGCUACUGCACUGGUGUCGGCCGAGGGUGAGAUGAUGGACCUGCGGCAGGCCAUCCCGGCUGAAGGGAGAGUGGAGGACUGGAUGACUGCGAUACUGUACGAGAUGAGGAGAACAAACAGGCUCAUAACAAAGGAGGCCAUCUUCACAUACUGUGAGGACAGGAGCAGGGUUGACUGGAUGCUGCUGUACCAGGGCAUGGUGGUGUUGGCUGCUACUCAAAUCUGGUGGACGUGGGAAGUGGAAGAUGUGUUCAAUAAAGUCAAGCAAGGGGAGAAGCAGGCUUUGAAGAAGUACGCCAAGAAAAUGCAUCAGCAAAUCAACGAUCUUGUGACGCGAAUCACACAGCCGCUGGACAGGAACGACCGCAAAAAAUACAACACUGUGCUGAUUAUUGACGUCCAUGCCAGGGAUAUUGUAGACACGUUUGUCAGAGACAGUAUUAUGGAUGCCCGGGAGUUUGAGUGGGAGAGCCAGCUUCGUUUUUACUGGGAUCGGGAACCUGAUGACCUUUUCAUACGUCAGUGCACUGGCACAUUCUCCUAUGGUUAUGAGUACAUGGGAUUGAAUGGACGUCUGGUUAUCACCCCCUUGACCGACCGCAUUUACUUGACCCUAACCCAGGCACUAUCUAUGUACCUGGGAGGAGCGCCUGCUGGCCCUGCUGGCACAGGUAAAACUGAGACAACUAAAGAUCUGGCCAAGGCUCUGGGUUUGCUCUGUGUGGUAACAAACUGUGGUGAAGGCAUGGAUUACAAAGCUGUUGGUAAAAUUCUGUCCGGAUUAGCACAGUGCGGGGCCUGGGGCUGCUUCGAUGAGUUCAACAGGAUUGACGCUUCUGUGCUUUCCGUCAUUUCAUCUCAAAUUCAGACCAUUCGAAAUGCACUAAUUUUUCACCUGAAGAGAUUCCAUUUUGAAGGCCAUGAGAUCGCUAUGGAUGACCGAAUGGGGAUUUUCAUCACCAUGAACCCUGGCUAUGCCGGACGUACAGAGUUGCCCGAGUCAGUGAAGGCUCUCUUUAGACCUGUGGUGGUGAUCGUGCCCGACCUGCAACAGAUCUGUGAGAUUAUGCUCUUCUCAGAAGGGUUUCUCCUGGCAAAGAUUCUUGCCAAAAAGAUGACAGUACUGUACAAACUUGCAAAAGAGCAGCUUUCUAAACAGUAUCACUACGACUUUGGACUUCGUGCCCUGAAAUCUGUGCUGGUAAUGGCAGGAGAGUUAAAGAGAGGCUCUCCUGAUCUGCAGGAGGAUGUGGUUUUGAUGAGAGCUCUGAGAGACAUGAACCUUCCCAAGUUUGUAUUUGAGGAUGUGCCUCUCUUCUUGGGGCUGAUCACUGACCUGUUCCCUGGGCUGGACUGCCCUCGCGUUCGCUACCCCAGCUUCAAUGACGCAGUAGAGCAGACCUUCCAGGACAACAACUACGUUCUGCUCCCUGUACAGGUUGAUAAAGUGGUCCAGAUGUACGAGACAAUGAUGACUCGCCACACUACAAUGGUGGUUGGACCAACAGGAGGUGGCAAGUCGGUGGUUAUUAACACCCUGUGUCAGGCCCAAACAAGGCUUGGGUUAGUGACUAAGCUGUACACACUCAACCCCAAAGCAGUGAGUGUGAUUGAACUGUACGGCAUACUGGACCCCACCACUAGAGACUGGACUGAUGGGAUUCUCUCCAACAUAUUCAGGGACAUCAAUAAACCAACUGAUAAAAAAGAAAGAAGGUAUAUUUUGUUUGAUGGAGACGUCGAUGCACUUUGGGUUGAAAACAUGAAUUCUGUUAUGGAUGACAACAAACUCCUGACCUUAGCUAAUGGGGAACGUAUCAGACUUCAGGCGCAUUGUGCCUUGCUGUUUGAGGUUGGUGAUCUGCAGUAUGCAUCUCCCGCUACUGUGUCACGUUGUGGAAUGGUGUUUGUUGACCCCAAAAAUCUACGCUUUAAACCCUACUGGCAGAAGUGGGUGUGCAGGAGACAAGCCAAGGAACAAGCCGCAUUGAACAAACUGUUUGAUAAGUACGUACCUGACUCCAUUUUAAUGAUUGUGGAAGGAAUAAUGGAUGGCAGGCAGGGAGAAAAACUCAAGACUAUUGUACCUCAAACAGAGUUAAACAUGGUAGUGCAGUUGAGUGUGAUGCUGGAUUCCCUGUUGGAGAAGGACGUGGACGACCCUGAUGUUCUCGAGUGCUAUUUCCUGGAGGCGCUGUAUUGUUCUUUAGGCGGCUCUUUAUUGGAAGCUGGGAAAGUCAAGUUUGAUGAGUACAUUAAAAAGCUCGCUGGCAUGUCUACUGUCCAUGAUGAGAAAACUUUGGCUGGACCCGGAGAGCUUCCUGGUCAGCUGCCGUCUCUCUAUGACUUUCAUUUUGACGGGGAGCAAAAGAAAUGGAUGCCAUGGAGUAAAUUAGUACCUAAAUACACUCACAGUCCUGAGGUCAGAUUCUUUGAUAUUCUUGUUCCCACGAUAGAUACAACUCGCACCAACUGGCUGUUGGAGCAGAUGGUGAAAAUCAAACGUCCUGUCGUGCUGGUUGGAGAAUCUGGUACCUCCAAAACUGCGACCACUCAAAACUUCCUGAAAAAUCUGAAUACAGACACCACAAUUAUGUUAACAAUCAAUUUCUCAUCUCGGACAACUUCUAUGGAUCUCCAAAGAAACUUGGAGGCAAGUGUAGAGAAACGAACUAAAGACACGUAUGGACCCCCCAUGGGAAAGAGGCUUUUAGUCUUCAUGGAUGAUCUGAACAUGCCCAGGGUUGACGAUUAUGGCACUCAACAGCCUAUUGCACUUCUGAAGCUGUUGCUGGAGAAAGGUGGAAUGUACGAUCGCGGGAAAGAAUUGAACUGUAAAUUUCUACGUGACCUUGGCUUUAUAGCUGCAAUGGGGAAGGCAGGUGGCGGCCGCAAUGAAGUGGACCCCAGAUUCAUUUCUCUCUUCACUGUUUUCAAUGUGCCGUUCCCUGAAGAGGAAUCUCUACACUUGAUUUACGCCUCCAUUCUGAAGGGACACACAAAGGCAUUUGAGGCUGAAAUUCAAGAUAUUUGUGACAAACUCACUUUCUGCACAUUAGAGCUUCAUAAAGUCAUCAUUAGAGAUCUGCCUCCAACACCGUCCAAAUUCCACUACAUUUUCAACCUGAGAGACCUGUCCAGGGUUUACAAUGGACUGACUCUAACCACACCGGAGAGAUUCCUCACUGUCGCCCAGUUUGUCAGAGUCUGGAGGAACGAGUGUCUCCGAGUUUUUCACGACAGGCUCAUCAACGAAACUGACAAAACACUGGUUCAAGACCAUAUCAAGAACUUAAUCGAAGAGCAUUUUAAAGCUGGGAUGGAGACGGUUCUGAGAGAUCCCAUUCUGUUUGGAGACUACAGGACAGCACUGAACGAUGCAGAACCCCGAGUGUAUGAAGACAUUCAGGACUAUGUUGCAGCCAAAGCUUUAUUUCAGGAAAUUCUUGAAGAGUACAACGAGACAAAAACACACAUGAACUUGGUUCUGUUUGACGACGCACUGGAGCACUUAACACGUGUCCACCGAAUCAUCAGAAUAACCCGUGGGCACGCUCUGCUUGUGGGCGUGGGAGGAUCUGGGAAGCAAUCCUUAACAAAACUUGCUGCAUUUACAGCUGGAUGUGAGGUGUUUGAAAUCACCUUGAGUCGUGGUUAUGGUGAGACCAACUUCCGUGAAGAUCUUAAGACUCUGUACCUGAAGCUGGGCAUUGAGAACAAGAAGACAGUCUUUCUGUUCACUGAUGGGCAUGUGGCAGAGGAGGGUUUCCUGGAGCUGAUCAAUAACAUGUUAACAUCAGGUAUUGUGCCAGCGCUUUUCCCAGAUGAGGAGAAGGAAUCUAUUCUGGGACAAGUCCGGGAUGAAGCUGCUAAACAUGGGGUAGGACCUGCCAAGGAAAGCGUUUGGCAGUAUUUUGUAAACAAGAGUGCCAACAACCUGCACAUCGUCUUGGGCAUGUCCCCCGUGGGCGACACAUUGAGGACCCGAUGCAGAAAUUUCCCAGGGCUGGUGAACAACACUGGGAUUGACUGGUUUCUGCCAUGGCCUCCACAGGCUUUGCAUGCCGUUGCUCAGUCCUUCCUCGGAGAUAAUCAGAUGAUCCCUUCCCAGCACACAGACUCAGUGAUUGGACAUGUCUGUAUGGUACAUGAGUCUGUGGGGAACUUCAGUAAGAAAUUCCUGCAGAAACUGAGGCGCAGCAACUACGUGACUCCGAAAAACUACCUGGAUUUCAUCAGCACAUACACCAAACUGCUGGACGAUAAUGAUCAAUACAUCCUGGCCCAAUGCAAACGCCUGGAGGGUGGCUUGGAUAAACUGAAGGAGGCCAGUUUACAGCUGGCUGAUCUCAACCUGAAGCUGGCUGAACAGAAAGUGGUUUUAGCUGAGAAGUCUACAGCCUGUGAGGCCCUGCUGAUGGAGAUCUCCACCAAUACUGCUGUCGCCGAGGAGAAGAAGAAACUGGCAGAGGAUAAAGCACUGGAGAUUGAAGAGCAGAACAAGGUGAUCGCAGUGGAGAAGAAGGACGCAGAGAGCUCAUUGGCUGAGGCUUUACCUGCACUGGAAGCUGCAAGGCUGUCUCUGCAAGACCUGGAGAAGUCGGACGUCACUGAGAUCAGAUCCUUCGCCAAGCCUCCCAAGCAGGUGCAGGUGGUGUGCGAGUGCAUCCUUGUGAUGAGAGGCCAUAAAGAGAUCAGCUGGAAAAGCGCUAAAGGAAUGAUGUCGGAGGCCAACUUCCUGCGAUCCCUCAUGGAGAUGGACUGUGAUGCCAUCUCUGUGAACCAAGUCAAAACCGUGAGAGGAUUCUUGAAGAACUUGAACACAACGUUUGAAGAAAUGCAGGGCAUCAGCAGAGCUGGGUCUGGAAUGCUGAAGUUUGUGGAGGCAGUGAUGGGUUACUGCGACGUAGCCAGGGAGAUCAAACCCAAGAGAGAAAAGGUGGCCAGACUGGAAAGAAACUAUUUCCAGAGCAAGCGAGAGCUGGAGAGGAUUCAGAACGAGCUGGCGACCAUACAGAGAGAGUUAAAGGCUCUCGGGGAAAAAUAUGAGGCCGCCAUAAGAGAGAAGCAGCAGCUGCAGGAGGAAGCAGAGAUCAUGGAGAGGAGGCUGAUCGCUGCAGACAAGCUCAUCUCAGGAUUGGGCUCAGAAAACAUUAGAUGGACCAAUGAUCUUGAGGAGCUGAAGCUGAGGAGGGUGAGGCUGCUGGGAGACUGCCUGAUCUGCGCUGGCUUCCUGAGCUACCAGGGCGCCUUCAACUGGGAUUUCCGAAGUGAAAUGAUCUACCUGGAGUGGCAGCAGGACGUGCUGAAUAGGGGGAUCCCUCUGAGCCAGCCAUUCCGCGUGGAGAACCUGCUGACUGAUGAAGUGGAGAUCAGCAGGUGGGGAUCAGAGGGCCUUCCCCCAGAUGAUCUCUCUGUUCAGAACGGCAUUCUCACCACUCGGGCCAGCCGCUUCCCCCUGUGUAUCGACCCCCAGCAGCAAGCCUUGAACUGGAUCAAGAAGAAAGAGGAGAAGAACAAUCUGAAGGUCUCAUCAUUUAACGAUCCAGAUUUCCUCAAGCAGCUGGAAAUGGCUAUUAAGUAUGGCUUCCCAUUCCUUUUCCAAGAUGUGGAUGAGUACAUCGAUCCAGUGAUUGACAACGUUCUGGAAAAGAACAUUAAAGGCGCUCAAGGUCGCCAGAUUAUUCUGCUUGGGGACAAGGAAGUAGACUACGACCCAAACUUUAAACUCUACCUCAACACCAAACUGGCAAAUCCAAAAUACUCCCCAUCAGUAUUUGGAAAAGCAAUGGUCAUUAACUACACAGUUACAUUGAAAGGGCUGGAGGACCAACUGCUGAGUGUGAUCGUGGGGUUUGAGCGCAAGGAGCUUGAAGAGCAGAGAGAGCGUCUCAUUCAGGAGACCAGCGAGAACAAGAAGUUACUGAAGGACCUGGAGGACUCUCUGCUCCGAGAGCUGGCCACUUCCACAGGAAACAUGCUGGACAAUGUAGAGCUCGUCCACACCCUGGAGGAGACCAAAACCAAGGCCACAGAGGUCUCAGAGAAAUUGAAACUGGCAGGGAAAACAGCAGUGGAUAUCGACAAGCUCCGUGAUGGGUACAGGCCUGCUGCCAAGAGAGGUGCCAUUUUAUUCUUCGUGCUGGCUGAGAUGGCGCUGGUAAACACCAUGUACCAGUACUCGCUGGCAUCGUACCUGGAGGUCUUUGAUUUCUCUCUGCGUAAAUCUCUGCCAGACUCCAUUCUGCAAAAAAGACUGAGAAACAUUAUGGACACUCUGACUUAUAAUGUCUAUAACUAUGGCUGCACAGGUUUGUUUGAGAAACAUAAGCUGCUGUUCUCAUUUAAUAUGACCAUCAAGAUAGAACAGGCAGAAUUCAGAGCACCCCAGACUGAACUGGACUUCUUUCUGAAGGGAAACCUCUCCCUCGAGAAGAGCAAGCGUAAGAAGCCCUGCCCCUGGCUCCCAGAUCAGGGCUGGGAGGACAUUAUCCGCCUGGCUGAGCUCUUCCCCCAGGAAUGCGGCACUCUGCCUGACGAUGUUGAGAAACACGAUGCAGAGUGGAAAUCAUGGUAUGAUUUAGAUAGCCCAGAACAAGCUGCCUUUCCAAUGAAAUACAAGGACAACCUGACCAGCUUCCAGAAGCUGCUGCUGCUGCGCUGUUUCCGCAUCGACCGAGUCUACCGGGCAGUGACUGAUUAUGUAACGCUGACUAUGGGAGAAAAGUAUGUCCAGCCUCCUGUGAUCAGUUUUGAAGCCAUAUUCGAUCAGAGCACCCCCAAUUCUCCCAUCGUGUUUAUCCUGAGCCCUGGCUCAGACCCUGCCAGUGACCUCAUGAAGCUGGCAGAGAGAACAGGCUUCGGGGGGAGCAGGCUCAAGUUCCUGGCAAUGGGGCAAGGGCAAGAAAAGGUGGCCCUGCAGCUGCUGGAGACUGCAGUGUCUCGUGGACAGUGGCUAAUGCUACAGAACUGUCACUUACUGGUCAAGUGGCUCAAGGACUUGGAGAAGUCAUUGGAGAGAAUCAGCAAGCCCCACCCUGAUUUCCGGUUGUGGCUCACCACUGAUCCGACUAAGGACUUCCCAAUUGGAAUACUCCAGAAGUCAUUAAAGGUAGUGACUGAGCCACCUAAUGGGCUGAAGCUGAAUAUGAGAGCCACAUACUUCAAGAUCUCCUUUGACAUGCUGGAAGGGUGCCCACAUCCUGCUUUCAAAUCCCUGGUCUAUGUGCUGGCCUUCUUUCACGCUGUGGUGCAGGAGAGGAGGAAAUACGGAAAAAUCGGCUGGAACGUUCCUUACGAUUUCAAUGAGUCUGACUUCCAGGUCUGCAUGGAGAUAUUGAAUACAUACCUAACAAAAGCGUUCGAUCAAGCUGAUAGCAAGAUCCCAUGGGGAAGUCUGAAGUACCUCAUCGGAGAGGUGAUGUACGGAGGACGAGCCAUCGACAGCUUUGAUCGCAGGAUUCUCACGGUGUACAUGGAUGAGUAUUUGGGGGAUUUUAUAUUCGACACCUUCCAGCCUUUUCAUUUCUUUCAAAAUGACGAGGUUGACUACAAGAUUCCAAAAGACGGCCCCAAAGAUGAUUAUGUUGAGGAAAUAGAAUCUCUUCCACUUGCUAACACUCCAGAAGUGUUUGGCCUUCACCCUAAUGCUGAAAUCGGUUACUACACCCAGGCUGCCAGAGACAUGUGGAAAUACCUGAUAGAACUGCAGCCACAGACAGGAGAGACGGGUGGUGGAAUUAGCCGUGAUGAGUACAUUAGCCAGGUGGCCAAAGACAUCCAGAACAAGCUGCCCAAAGUGUUCGACCUUGAUCUGAUUCGCAAAAAGUUGGGGCUGGAGAUCUCCCCCACAACGGUGGUGCUUCUGCAGGAGGUGGAGCGAUUCAACAAGCUCAUAGUGCGCAUGGGCAGGUCCCUGGCAGAGCUGCAGAGGGCGCUGGCGGGAGAGGUUGGCAUGAGCAGCGAGCUGGAUGAGGUGGCUCGCGCCCUCUUCAAUGGGCAGAUUCCAGUCAUCUGGAGAAAGCUGGCACCAGAUACACUCAAAUCCCUGGGGAACUGGAUGCUCCAUUUCAAGAAGAGGUUUGACCAGUACAGCACAUGGAUUGAUGAGGGAGAGCCCACUGUCAUGUGGCUGUCUGGGCUGCACAUUCCCGAGUCCUACCUCACAGCCCUGGUCCAGGCCACCUGCAGGAAGAAUGGCUGGCCCCUUGACCGCUCCACCCUGUACACACAGGUCACCAAGUACCACACUGCUGAGGAGGUCACAGAGAGACCGGGGCAAGGAUGUUUUGUGUCAGGUCUUUAUCUUGAAGGGGCUGACUGGAGCACUGAGAAGUCAUGUUUAAUCAGGAGUAAACCCAAAGUCCUGGUGGUCGAACUGCCCGUUCUUAAAGUCAUUCCCACUGAGUCGCACCGCCUCAAACUUCAGAACACAUUGAGGACGCCUGUGUACACCACAUCCAUGAGAAGAAAUGCAAUGGGAGUCGGCCUGGUGUUUGAUUCUGAUCUUUACACCACAAAACACAUCUCCCACUGGGUACUGCAGGGGGUCUGCCUCACUCUGAACUCGGAUUAAAACAGUGAAGAAUCAGCACUUUUUAUAUUAUAUAUUACAAAACAAAUCCUAUAUUUGGCAUUUGACAUAGUUUAUUAUAAAUGUUCUUUAAUAAGUUAGUUCACUGUUACCCCAUUUUGUGCCUUACAUUUAAAGAUGUACUGACUGUUUGUUGUGUACUGUACAGUUGUUAAAAAACUGGGAUCUUUUUAUAUACUUUGUUAAAGCCUGGUUUUCUUUUUUAAAUCUACUUUAAGGAUUUUGUAUUUACCAGGGUUUGUAUUUUCUAGAACUGCAAAGGAGAAAUAAAUACAUUAUUAUUAAAAUCAGUCUACUAAUAUUGUAUACUCUUUUUGUAGGCUUUUUUUCAUUUUUGAAAUUGUUAAAUUCUAUGGGUGUGACAUUACUGUAAUUGGUUAGCCCAAUACUGUGUCCAAUGUGUCCAAUGUCCUUGUAUAUGAUCUUUCCAAGACUCGCACAUCUUUUUCACCCUCCAAGCUUCAAGAUUACUGUAUUGAACUCUUAAACAUUCUUGUGAUAUCUGUUUGCCAAGUCUGCUUGCUGUGCGCUCAGUGUUCAGCCAACACUAGUAUUUCAUGUUAGCUUUGUUAUUGGUUGUGUUGAUGCACUUGGGCAGGUUUAUACUGUUUCAUUUAGUUCAGAUUUGUGACGUGUUUCAGUUUUAUUUUGUUUUUCUUUAAAGUAACACUAAUAGACAGUUUUCCUGGUUCCAAGAAAACACCACCAAUGAUAAUAUGUGAAACAUGAAGUUAAAAAAAGAAAGCAAGCUGGUUUAGAAACUGAUACUCUGAUUCGAUUAGUUUGGAAAUUGUCUUGACCUGCAUAGUGACCUGUGAAUAAUUUACCAUAAGGAGCUGCCAAUCUGAUAAUAUCUGGACUACCCUUCAAAUGAAUGGCCUACUCUUAAACAUUUAUCUCAUUAUGGAGGAGCAAAUGCAUUGAAAAUACUAACACUCAAAAUAUUCAAGCUAAUUACAUUACCCAAUCUAGAGUUAAUUCUGAUUCUGAACACUUUGUCCACAAAUAAGAACUGAGAAAAAAAUGUGGUACAAUUGUUCCUGCAGUAAGUUGUCUGGGUUUUCUAGUACUUAUGGCUGUUUCCAUGUUUACUGAUUGUAUAACUGAUAUUAAACUUUGGAUGCAACAACAUUUUUUGCAAUUGAACCAUGAUAAGGCAGGUCAUGUUACUAGGUUCAUGGCUAUCGAUGGUGUAAAGACUGAGUUUUGCUCUAAAAUGAAAAAAAUUGGGGGUUAUUUUUGACCCUAGCUUAACUUUUGAGCCUCAUGUACGAAAUACAGCUUGGGAAUAUUGGCCAGCUAUGCCCUGUUCUCUCUAUGCCUGCUACGGAGAAGCUGGUCCAUGCCUGUGUCUUGUCCAGACUUGACUAUUGUAAUGCCCUGCUUGCUGGGGUUUCCAAAAACACCCUAAACAAAUUGCAGUAUGUUCAAAACUCAGCAGACAGGGUUUUGACUAGGUCUCGAUCCGGUGAUCAUGUUACCCCUCUUCUGGAAUCCUUAAGUUGGCUUAAGUUUUGCAUGGAUUUUAAAAUCUUGCUAAUGACUUUUAAAGCCUUGAAGGGUGUGUCUCCCCCUUACAUAACUGACCUUUUGUCUAUACCCCUAGACGCAAUUUGCGGUCCACUGAUGCUCGACUCUUCUGUUCCCAUGUCCCUAGGUUGUGGAAUGCCCUUCCCAAAGAAACAAGGGACUCUGAAUCCUUGGGUGCUUUUAAAUCUCGCCUUAAAACGUACUUGUACUUGUUUAAACAGGCUUUUUUUCUUUUUGAUUUAAUGUUUGAUACACUUUCUUAUUGCCGAUUUUUAUUUGUGUUCAUGUACAGUGCUUUAUGAUGACUUGUCAUGAAAGGCGCUUUAUAAAAUUAUUAUUAUUAUUAUUAUGUGAUAUCUCAAAACUGGCUAAUUUAGCAAGCAUCUGUCAACCUUUUUUGUUUAGGCAACCACUGCAUUUCAUGAUUUCAUUUUUGAUGAUGUUACUGUACUGAAAUUAAAAGUACAAAGAAUACAAAGAUUUUGUUUUUUAAGACUAGCAUAUUCGUUAAACAAGAAACACCUAUUUAAUCUGGACACCUUUUUCGCCAGAUAGGUGGUAACCAUUCUAGAGUACUAAGUUAAUCU